CAGCCUAAAGUUGUUGAAAGCGAGCAAAAGCAAAUAUUAAAGCGCAUGGCGGCAGCAUACAUGGCCACAUUACUCCCAAUCUGCGUGCACGCGGAACCCUAGAGCGGCAAGUGAUUGGCUGCAGGACACGGCGGCAGCGUUCACCUGGGCAGGUGGAGGAGAGAGGGGCAGGGAGAAAAAGACGCGCGGCGAGAAAAGUUGACUUACCUGUAGCCCAACUUCUGGCACCCGACGCACUCUAUUACCUGCUCCGACUUGAAAGUCCAGUUUCACAAGGAAGAAUCGUAGAGGAAGCAAAAAAAUGUCACAGGAGACAGACAAUAAGCGUCUGGUUGUGGUCGUCCCCAAUGAGAACUCGUUCCCUGCAAUGCGGCGGGCGUACACCAGCGAGGAUGAAGCGUGGCGGUCGUAUCUGGAGAACCCACUUACGGCCGCCACCAAGGCUAUGAUGAGCAUCAACGGGGAUGAGGACAGCGCCAAUGCUCUGGGCCUGCUGUACGACUACUACAAGGUUCCCAAAGAAAAGAGACUCCUACAGAUCCCCAAAGUGGCUGAAGUUACAGAAGAACAGGAAAAGAGGUCCAUGUUGGCGAGCAACAGCAGCAGCCAAACCGAAACUGAAACGCUGGACAACCGGGUUCAAGUCCUCAAGUCUUUACCCGUGAACCUGUCAGUGAACACAGAGCCCCAGGAGGCCAAACGGGAGCCGUUCAGCGCCCCGACGGAGACGCCAGAUGCCGGCUCUCCGCCCCUCGCCAUGGUGAAAGCUGAAGCCUUCACCUCCGUCUUCAUGCCAGGAGCUGGACUCCACUACAGAGGGGAAGGAGAGGAGCAGUCAAGGGUGGUGUAUGAGCAGAGUCCCUACGAGGCGACGACCGUCAGUCACACCGCGUACCUGAAAGAGGACCAGAAGAGUCCACCUGACAGUCCGUACGAGGAGGACACUGAUGGGAAGUACCACUCACCUUCCUCUCUGGCUCCAGAUGAUUUCUUAUUUCACGAGGAGGGAGUUGGCAGCUUCCAGUACACGCUGGACGCCACACGCUCGCUGCGCCAAAAGCAGGGUGAAGGACCCAUGACGUACCUCAACAAAGGCCAGUUCUACGCCGUGACCCUGAAUGAGCUCAGUGCCAACAAACGUCUCCGUCACCCCAUCAGCAAAGUGCGGAGCGUGAUCAUGGUGGUUUUCAGUCAGGACAAGAACCGAGACGAGCAGCUUAAAUACUGGAAGUACUGGCACUCCCGCCAGCACACGGCCAAACAGCGAGUUCUGGACAUCGCUGAUUACAAAGAAAGCUUCAACACGAUCAGUAAUAUUGAAGAAAUCGCCUACAACGCCAUCUCCUUCACCUGGGAUGUGAACGAAGAGGCCAAGAUCUUCAUCACAGUCAACUGUCUGAGUACAGACUUCUCCUCCCAGAAAGGGGUCAAGGGUCUCCCGCUGAUGAUCCAGAUUGACACAUACAGUUACAACAACCGCAGCAACAAGCCCCUUCACAGGGCCUACUCGCAGAUCAAGGUCUUCUGUGACAAGGGAGCAGAGAGAAAAAUAAGAGAUGAAGAGAGGAAAUCAUUCAGAAAAAAGUCAAAAGGUAAAGACAGCAAUGUUGGAGUCAUAACGAUUCCCAAAAAGACCGACGCCACCUUCUUCAAGACCAUGACAGACCUAGAGGCUCAGCCAGUGCUGUUCAUCCCCGAUGUUCACUUUGGGACCCUGCAGAGGGCUGGACAGGUGUUUACCUUCAACACAGAGGAGAUCGAUAGAGAAGGAGGCGUGUUGGUGAAGAGGAUGUUCAGGCCGUCAGAUGAAGAUCUGUGUCCAUCCCCUCACAAACAGAUCAAAGAGGAGACGCACAAAAGAGUGCUGCUGUACGUCAGAAAGGAGACGGAGGAGGUGUUUGACGCUCUCAUGCUGAAGUCUCCAACACUCAGAGGCCUGAUGGAUGCUAUAUCAGAGAAGUACGGCGUGCCCACAGAGAGGAUUGCCAAAGUAUACAAGAAAAGUAAAAAAGGUAUCCUGGUGAACAUGGACGAUAACAUCAUUGAGCAUUACUCCAACGAAGACACCUUCAUCCUCAACAUCGAGAGCUGCGCGGAUUCAUUCAAGAUCAUGCUGACGGAGAUCUAAGAUCUUUCACCUCAGAGACUGCAGUCAGAGGACAGGCGUGUCCACGGAUAAGCUCAGUCGUGGAGUAAUGUGACGCCCCGACACUAUGAAGCAAGUCAUACUAUCCAUCUAUGAAAGGACACACAUUUUCAUGUUUAUUUGACUCUUUUUGUCAUAUAGAUGAUUAUAUUUUUGUGUACAGAUUCAAUAUUUUUGCCAAAAAAAUAACCAGGAAAAAAAAACAAAUGGAAGCAUUUCAUUUUAAUCAAAUCCAAGUACUUUUUUUUUCUUUUUUUGCAUGUUUUUUUUUUUUUUAGAUGUUAUUUAUUACGUAAAACCUUAAGCAUUUAAUCCCAGAAUUUCAAAUACCAUAGAGCAUUUCACUGACUCCUCCGGUCACCGUUUCUAAACAAUGCUUGAGAUUUUUAAAAGGUUUGCAACCCCAACCUUUAAAAGCUCCUUCAUUUGAUUUAAUAGUGCGUUCAGGUCAGAACUGACCUACUUUCACACUUGAAAAUGGGUCAAUUUUGACCUAAACACAUUAUAAGGGGUAAAUAUUUUAUAUAAUAUUAGAAUUUUUGAGUAUUUCCUUUUUUAAUGUGGACAUUUACCUCAUGAUUGAAACAAAAGAA